UAUCGUGCAAAGGAACUAUCGUUAAUACGUGUUUGAGUGUACGAACUUUGGCGGCCAGUAAAUGUGAAAUUUCAACCUGCAAAGGGACAAUCGUGCCGUUUAUUACUCGUCAUUGAUUGCGUGUCCGCGUCUCCGUCGUAUUCAGUCCGUUGCCAACAAGACAGACUAACUACCGCCUUCUUCGGCGUCUUGCCACGGCCAUCGUAAAAGCUAUAAGAAGCGUUCUACCGCAGCCAUCGCGUUUUUGGAUACAAUUCAGCGAUUCACCGCAGUCGCGUAAAAAAAAAGCUGUGAGGCGUCUUGCCUUUAUUAUAAUAUAAGAUUUCGUUCGUCUUUGAAUCGUGUAACGUCUUGUUACAAAGAACACUAAAGUUAAGUUACUGUCCAAUCCGUUGAACAUUAGUGUGAGAAAACUUCAGCUUAUCUUCCGUGUCGCAACCGGUUGUUUUUCGCGCGUGUGAUAUCCGUCUUCGUAAUCGUGUGCUUCCCGCCAGUCGCAGUUUGGAACAGCCAUCCGUCAUCAUCUGUGUGUGUUUCCCUGCCAUCGUCAUUGCAACUGUUUUCCCGAAUCCUGCCAUCUCAACAGGUCAAGUAUAAAGAUGACCGAAAUUGCGAGCCUAAGACAACGGUUGAAUUUUUUAUUCACGAAGCUGAAACGAAAUGAGGUUUUCAUAGCGAACUUCCAGCCUGAACAACACAAGCAUCUCGUGCCUGUCAGGCUCCAAACGAUUGAAGGUAUGGAAAAGGAGUUUGAAACGGCUCAUACGCAAUUGUGUUUGUUAGCGCCCAGUGAAGCUGAGAAGCUAGAAGAAGAGGAGUUGAUGGAUAAUUUUGAGGAAAGGUUCAUAGCUAUGAAAAGCGCCAUGCUAUCGCACAUGCCUACUCAAACAGCUCAAGCCGUUAGCUCUGAGCUUGGCUCAAGCCACGCUCAAAACCCAAGCCACUCUCCCAUUCAAAACCACGUUAAAUUACCAGCCAUCUCUUUGCCCGAAUUUAACGGUGAUAUAAUGCACUGGAUGGCAUUUCAUGAUACCUUUGAAGCAUUAGUUCAUAACAAUGCAAGCGUUUUGGAUAUUCAAAAAUUCCAUUAUUUGAGAGCUUCAUUAACUGGUGAGGCCGCUAGAUUGAUAGAGUCGAUCCCAUUGUGCGCAUCGAAUUACUCCAUCGCAUGGCAGGAGCUCAAGGAGCGAUUCUCAAAUGAAUACCUUCUGCAAAAGAUGCACUUUAAGCAAAUGUUCGGCAUCCCACAAUUACGAAAAGAAUCGUCAGCUGACUUGCAUAGAUUGGUAGAUGAAUUUAAUCGGCAUGUAAAAAUGAUUCAAAAGCUAGGAGAGCCAACCGACCAAUGGAGCUCAAUGUUAGAAUAUGUUUUGUGCUCCAAACUACCAGCGGAAACUCUUACACAUUGGGAAGACAAGGCAGCUAGCAUGAAAAAGCCAACAUAUGAGGCGUUAAUAGAAUUUCUGCAGAGAAGAAUGAAAACAUUAGACUCUGUUUAUAUGAGUAAAUCUGCGGAUGUAAGCUCUACAUCGGUGCCUGCCGUAAGGCCUUCUUCGCAUCUUUCGUACUAUUCGUACACCGCAAAUAAUACCAAACGAUGUCCUUGCUGUCGACUAGAUCACUUAUUAUGGUACUGUAACCAAUUUAUGCGACUUCCGCAAUCUGAGCGCCUUCAGAUAGUGCGAGCGAAGAGUCUCUGCAUUAAUUGUUUAAGAGUCGACCACAGCAUGAAAGAUUGUCCUUCGACCAAUCGGUGCAAACAUUGCAACCAGCAACAUCAUUCUUUAUUGCACUCCUUUGAUUUUGUACGCCGGCAGCACACCCACGACCGAACACUACAUACUAGCCCUCAGGUAGCUCCUAGCGCUUCAUUUAACAGCACAGCAGCAUUGGAAAACGAAAACCGAGCAGCGGACCAACGAGAGAUUGGACAUUGACGUUAAAGGUGCUGGUUGUGCUACGACGAGGGUGCGGGAGUCCGUGUAUGCUGAAAUUCGAUCUCGCACCAGCCAAUUUUCUUGUGGAGUAAAUUUCCUGCUAAUGGAUGAAGUAGCUGCAAAACUUCCUUCCCACCACAUUAAUAUAAGCCGCUGGAACAUUCCGCCUGGACUAUCCCUGGCGGACCCUCAUUUUAAUCAGGCCGAAUCAAUAGAUAUGAUAAUCGGAGCAGAGCAUUUUUACACCUUUUUUCCAACUGCAGAGCGUAUUUAUCUGGCAGAUAAAUUACCAAUACUGAUCAACAGCGUGUUUGGGUGGCUUGUAGUCGGUCCAGCCAGCGAGGAGGUCGUUAAUCCUCACUCAAACCCAACACGAGUAUCAAUGGUUUCUUUAGAAGAAAAAAUAGAGCAGUUUUGGAAG